AUGAGGGACGGUCAUAAUGAAAUAGAAUAUGGCCUUGUGUGCGGAGUAUCUGGGCCAGGUAAUUUUAACCGUUUUUAAUAGAGUUACAACAAUUUGCAGUUGUGACUGCUGAAAAAAUGGCUGGUUCUGCUAUGUACGAAUUGGUCCGAGUUGGACACCAAGAGCUCGUUGGUGAAAUUAUCCGUUUGGAGAGCGAGUUCGCAACAAUUCAGGUGUAUGAAGAGACUUGUAAGUUUCAAUAUUUUUAUCAUAAUAAACUAAUAAAAAAAUAUCUUUCAAGCUGGCGUGACGAUUGGAGAUCCAGUUUUGCGCACGGGAAAACCACUAUCUGUCGAACUUGGUCCUGGAAUCAUGGGAUCAAUUUUUGACGGAAUUCAAAGGCCUUUGAAAGAUAUUGCAGAGAUGACCGAUUCAAUUUACUUACCUAAAGGUUUGCUGGUGGUUUAAACGAGUUGGAAGGUGUUUUUUUAAAUUUAAAUCCGUCGUUCUAUGGAAAAAUGGAGAUAUAUUACUAAUUGUUUCAAAUCUUAAUAGAGCUUCUGAAGCUCGAUCUGUUUUCUUUUCUGAACAAUAUUUUGAUAAAAUUUGACUACUAGGAAUUUCAACAAAGGCCCUUUCUCGUUCGGCUCGAUGGGAUUACAAAAUCAAGCCGGAAGUUAUCGUAGGAGCUCAUGUUGCAGGUUGAAUAAUAUCAAUUCUUCCUAACUAUAAAAAAUGAAGUUUUGAAGGAGGCGAUAUAAUUGGCGUUGUGGCUGAAAACACAAUGAUUAAGCAUAAGAUUAUGGUGCCACCGAACGCCUGUGGAACCAUCACUUAUGCCGCGCCGUCUGGCAGCUAUUCUGUCGAGGUUUUAAGGGCGAGCCGCAAGUCUUGGAAUUUUUUUCCAACAACCCAAAAAAUUUUAAUAAUAUAAAAAGGGCAUGCUGGAAAAGAAAAUCUGGUCAUUAAAUUUACAAAAAUUCGCUUUUCUUUCUGAAUUUCUUUUUUUUUUAAUUCUUUCAAAACUUAACAAACACUAUUUCGCACUUAUUGUGCCGCCAAUAUUUGGUUUGUCGAAACUUGGCCCCUUUAAAAAAGCGACCGAGCCCACUUUUCCAGCAUGCCAUAAUAGGUCUGAUUUGGUAAGAAAAAUUGAGAUUUAGAAGAUUUUAGGACGUUCUGCUCGAGGUAGACUUUGCUGGAAAGACGCAAAGGUUUACGAUGGUCCAAGUUUGGCCGGUACGAGUCCCGAGGCCCGUGGCUGAAAAGGUAAAAAAAAAAAACGGAAUUUUUGAGGAAAUUGAUCGCUCCUUGUGUGACAAUUACAACAGCGUGAUUAAAAUGAAAUCCAAUUUUUUUUUUUUUGGCUGUCGAGUUGAACAGCUUUUUUAAAAAUAGAUUCGUGUUCCUUUGGUUCAAAACGCUUUCCCAUAGUCUGAGAUCGCCCAGGAAUUUAUUGGAAAGAUAACUUUUCUUCAAUUAUUUUAAAAAGUAAAAAGAUUUUUGCACAAGCAUUCAUGUGCUGUACUGUGGCGAAGAUGGGUGAGUAUUUUUUUGGUUUUUCGUCCGUAACUUUGUCAAAAACAAUCAUUUCGAUAUGAAAUUUUAACUUAUUUAUUAAAAGGAUGUUAAUGACAUUUUGAAAUAAUGGUUUAAACCGGCUUCAGAAAUAAACUUGAUGAAAAUAUUUUUUGUAUAGAUAUCAAGUCGCAAAAAACAUGAUCUACUGAAUAAAAAAAUUCACCAAGCCAGUUAACCGUGAUAAAUGACUUCCAUUUGAAUAAAUUAAAUAAAACAGAUCUAAUACUUCGUAGCAUAGCCUUUGAAUUUGAUAACAGCAUGUUUGGGGCAUACACUUGAUCAGUUUGUCUAAACCACUCAUUAUGAUCUUCUUCCAAACUUCUUCUUCUUCUUCUUCUUCUUCUUCUUUGAAAUUUCAGGUCAAAACAAUCGUCUUUAACAAAAAAAAUAGACGAAAAACCAAAAAAAAUACUCCACAUUUCACCAUACUCCAUAUUUGUAAAAAGAAAAGACAGUAGACUUCAGCUUGCCGCCAAUCAUCCGCUGCUCUGCGGCCAGCGAGUUCUCGACGCUCUUUUUCCGUGUGUUCAAGGCGGAACGACAGCGAUUCCCGGCGCCUUCGGUUGCGGAAAAACCGUCAUUUCGCAGUCCCUUUCGAAAUACUCCAAUUCAGACGCUAUCAUCUAUGUUGGGUGUGGAGAACGGGGCAAUGAAAUGUCAGAGGUAGGAUGAAAAAAAUUUCCUAAAAGUUCCAAAAACUAUUUUUUCAUAACUGUUAGAUGAUAACUAGUUGAAGUCAGGUGUUCACCAUUAACUUAUCUCCUUUUUCGGUCGACUUCAUCAAAUUACACUGAAUAUAAUCUGUUUAGAAACGUUUAAUAAGUCUUUAAAGGACCAAAAAUCUGUGUUAUCCCCAGGAAUCAAAGAGUUUCCAUAGCGUGAUCAAAUAUCAAGCUAACUUUCCGCGGAUGAAAAGAUAACUAAAUUUUGGAGGAUCAGAGACAAACACAAAAAUUCGCGUAAAAAACGCUGAGUCGUAAUUUUUUUUAUUUCUGCUUCAACGGUUAAAAUUUUAUAAAUUUUUUCUACUGGCAAGCUCAAUUUUUGGCGUCUUUUCAAAGACCGUCGUAUUUUUCAAAUACAAUUUUUUUACACCAGGUUCUGCGAGAUUUUCCGGAGCUGACAAUGCAGGUGGAGGGCGAAACAACGUCAAUAAUGAAGAGGACGACGCUGGUCGCCAAUACUUCAAAUAUGCCUGUGGCAGCUCGAGAAGCUUCCAUUUAUACAGGUUGAUUGACGAGACAUGGUUCAAUAAAAAUAAAAACCAAGGAAUCACAUUGGCCGAAUACUUUCGCGAUAUGGGUUUGAACGUGGCGAUGAUGGCCGAUUCGACUUCUAGGUGGGCCGAGGCGUUGCGAGAGAUUUCCGGUUGGUUUUUGUGGGUCUGAUGCGACAAAAAGAAGUCACUUGGUUCAGUUCUUUGAAAAACGUUGUUAAAAUGGACCUUGUCGAAAAUUCAAAGCAUCUGUCAAGUGGGCAUGUUAUUUAAUAAUUGUCAUUCGAAGACAACAAUUUUUCAUGUACAAGAAUGGUUUUAAAAAGUAAAAAUUGGCAUUUAAGCACGAAAUGAAUAAAUAAAGGGCAUUGAGAGCCUUACAAGCCUCUGAGCCAGUGAAGAAAGAUGAUGAGGAAAAAAUUGAGAAUUGAAGUUGGCACAAAAAUUAAAUAGAAAAAAAGCAGAUAGAGUUGUCACAAAGUAUAGCGCACAGGAGAAGGUAUAUGAGUUGCAAAAAAAGAAAAAUAAUUUACUAAUUGAAUUAGAAUUAGGCUAAAGCCUCCCCACUCCCCUCCCCCUUUAGCCUUUGAUUUUUUAGCUUUUAUAGAACGAUAUGUAAGCUCUUCAAAAAAAGCGGAUCGAAAAAAAUUCGCAUUUCCAGAAUUGUUCCAUUAUUUCCGGUUAUCACCGGUCAGUGAUAAGAUUCACUUAAAAAAAUGUUCUAACUAUUAAAAAUAAUUUGGAAAAACGAAUUUUCAUGGAUUAAAAAGUCAAAAAAAGUCGGGUAUUACAAUGAUUGGGAAAAAUCCGACGUUUUUUUGGGGGACGUCACUAUUAAAAGUGGCUUGGCCCACGUAUGGUAAAAGCACGGACAAACGAUUUAAAAGAGUCUGUUAGGAAUAGAUUCAAAAAGGAAAUGGUUAUCGAGGGAUAAUAAACGUGACCUGAAACGAUCUGUAGAAACAUUAAGGUUUCCCCGUGUAGCCAGCUUAUUCCACAGAUGGGUGACGCCUGAGAAAUAGUUGAAAAUGUUCAUUUUCAAAAGAUAAACUAGUCUUUCAACCCUCAAGAACUUUUUGUCGUGCAGCCUUAUACCAUAGCAUACUUUUUUUCAUCUAUUUCCAGGUCGUCUUGGUGAAAUGCCAGCAGAUUCCGGGUACCCGGCCUACUUGGCUGCCAGGCUUGCCUCAUUUUAUGAAAGGGCUGGGCGAGUCCAUUGCCUCGGAAGUCCCAGUCGAGAAGGAUCCGUCACUAUCGUUGGAGCGUCAGUCUUUUGUUUCGAAAAUUAUAAUCUAUAGUAAAGCAGAUAAAUGACAUAUUGGCGCUCGUGAAAUUGAGAUUGAGGAUUGAGAAUUAAGAAUUAAGCCUAAGCCACGCCAAGAAUUUCUCCAAAAAGUCGAAAAAAAAAAUAUUUUUCGUUAUAUUUCUCAAAAAAACCAGUAUUAUGGCUCAUUUAAAAAGUUUAAAAAAACUGAAACAGUUCCCUAAUUUUUUUAGAGUCUCCCCGCCUGGCGGAGAUUUUGCGGAUCCGGUGACGUCAGCAACUCUUGGAAUCGUCCAGGUGACCUGACCUCUGAAAAUGUUCCUUGGAAAUAUCAACUUUUCGACAGGUUUUCUGGGGGUUGGACAAGAAGUUGGCCCAAAGGAAACAUUUCCCUUCUAUCAAUUGGUUGAUUUCUUACAGGUUUUUUUUUAAUGAAAUGUUUUUUCACGGAGAUUUUGAUUAUUUAAAUGGGAACAUUUUUAGCUUCUUCUGCUUCAGCGUUUGUCCCGCUCGGUUGCGGGGUCCGCGUUAAAAUGGGAACAUUUUUAGCAGGAAAAAGAAAGUUCAAAAUCGAACCUCGUGUUUUUCAAAAUUUUAAAUCUCGUAUUCUCAUACUGAUGAGGGUGAACCAGACGUGAUAACGCGAGGUCUCGCCUUCGUUAAAAAAACCGUAGAAGCACGGCUGGUAAAACUUGUGGCAUUCCUUACCACGACUCACGGAGAAAGAGCUUGAAAUGAGCAUCUCAGAAUUGGUCCAAACUUUUGUGGGAGGUAGUCUCAGUUAUGUGUAUUCGAAAUAAAUAGAAUUAUCUGCUAAGUGCCAUAAAGUCCUGAGGAAUAGCCUGUCAAAAUGUACAGGAAACAUACGUCGUCUGGAUCUAAAUUUUUUUUUUCCCGCGCAAUAGGCUGUGGUGUGAUCCAGCCGAUGUAGCACAGAAAAAGCUCAAAAACGAACUUUCUUUGGGUUUUUGUGGAGUCUCUCACGUCAAUAAUAUGGUGAAUAGCAGUAGACGUUUUAGAAAUCGAGAAACUAAAGAAAAUCAGUUUUUGAGCUUAUAUUUUUACAGUCUAUUUCGAAGUACCAUAUGGCGCUUAGCAGACUUUUUUUUUUCCUGGGUACUCAUACCUACACUGUCUACCACACAAGUUUGAACCAGAUCUGCAAUGUUCACCUAACUCACUUCCCUUGUCAGAAGUAAGCACAGCUAUGUCGUCCAUUUCCUUUUUUCCAGCAAAACUGAGACUCGAAUAGCUUUAAAAAGAAUAGUUUUCUUCCUCUUGAUAAUGGUUUUUCAUAUUAGAAGAUGUUGCUACUUUUUAACGAAACUUGAAUGAUUAUUUCGGUUUCAGCAAAUAUAUGCGAGCACUGGAAGAGUUCUACGAGAAUCAUUACCCGGAUUUCGUGAACUUGAGGACGAAGUGCAAGGAAAUUCUCCAGGAAGAAGAAGACUUGUCGGAGAUCGUUCAGCUCGUGGGCAAAGCGUCGCUCUGUGAAGCGGACAAAAUUACACUGGAAGUGGCAAAAAUCAUCAAGGUAUGAAUGGGAAAAAUACUGAAAAAGUCUAUUUUUCACAGGGAAUCAAACAAAAAAAGGUUUCGAGAAAAAAAAUAAUUAACUUAGACACCGAGCGCGCACCCGCGGGAGUUCCUGCUUUUUCUCCGUUUUUUUUUCCAUGGGAAUACAGUUCUGAAAUAACUUUUUCAUAGUUUUAUAAUAUUACCUAAUGCUUCUGCUUACUUUUUCAAAGCGUUUCCGAGCAAUGUAGAAGAGAGAGUUAUGAAAAACAAUUUUUAAGUGAAAUUUUGGUAUUUUGAAUUUUUACGCUUUCAAAUGGGUAUAAACUGGAGCAGCGCAGAGAGAGAAGAUGAACAGACACAAAAAAUAUAAAAUUUAUAACUUUUUAAUUAGCUAAAAAGCUGAAAAGUAGAAAAGACACGCGCUUUAGCCAACAAACACGCUCCGUCAAUGCCUGAGAAAAUACGUGAAGUGUUAAAACAGAGAAGACGAUCAGAACUUCUACGAUAAUUUAUUUCGAAUAAAAACUUAGAAUAAAGAUAGCUUUUUCAAAAAAAAAAGUCAAAACUUCAAGGAGGAUUUCCUGCAACAAAACGGCUACACCAAAUACGAUCGCUUCUGUCCGUUCUACAAAACUGUUGGAAUGCUUCGAAAUAUGUAAAUUCAUUAAAUUCAAAGGACUUUUCGUCUGAUAUUUUUUUUUUUUUGAGGGUUGGUUUUUAUAAUCUUGCCCGACAUGCCGUGGAAUCGAAGGCUCAAAGUGAGACUAAGGUAUGGUCAUAAUGUUAUGACAAAAUUGGUUUUUUUUUUUCUCACAAGGGAAUUUUCUCAGCUCACUUUUGAAUGAGACUAGGUGUACUAGAUGUAGUUUUUUUGCGCUGUUUCCGGAUAUGUGCUCAAAACUUGCCCUCGAGGCCUGUGAAAAAGGUUAGAGACUCUCAAAAAAUUGGUUUUUUUUAAUAACAGAGAGACAGGAACUAGAUUUUAUAACCUCCAAAAAAGAGCUCAAUCGGAGACAUUGAAUUUUUCGAUUUUGAGAGCAUCAACUUUUUUCACACGUCUCUAGGGCAACUUUUGAGCGCAGAUUCGGGAUCAGCGUGAAAAACUACAUCUGGUGAACCUAGUUUCAUUCAAUAGUGAGUAGGCUGAGAACAUUCCCUGGUCAGCACAAAAAUUCUUAAAGAAAAAAAGUUUUUUUCAGUAAUAAUCGACUCUGGUAAAAGUGCUUUUUAAAGAUUUUCUCCUUUUCUAAUAGGUCAUUGCAAAUUUGCUUCUGCAAAAGUGAAAAAGAAAAAAAUUCAAAAAGGUCGGAAAAAGCUUUGAAAAAAUGCCUUGAAACCAGAGAAACAUCUUUUAUUCUUAAAAUAAUGAGCGUCGAGAAAGAAACUUUUUUUUCUUGGAAGGACUUUGAUUGCUUUUUUUCAAAACAAAUAGGUAGAGAAGAAAAAAAUUGAUCAUGUAUAGAUUUCUAGAUGACCUGGGCGCUGAUCCGAGAAAGAAUGGGCGAUCUGCUGUACCAACUGUCGGCGAUGAAGUUCAAGGUACAAGAAAAAAAUUUUUUUGGUCAACUGACUCGGCGUUCAUUCAAAAAUUCCAUUGUGGGAGAAAGUCACCUUUUUUUGAUCGAGUAUGAGAAAAAUUAAAAAAAGGCUUUUUUUGUAUUUAUGAAUUUUAUUUAUUCACGUCAAGGGAAUAUGGUUUUUUUAGGACCCAAUGGUUGAAGGCGAGUUCAAAAUCAAGAAAGAUUUCGACGACCUGAUGGAAACCAUUAAUCAAGCUUUCCGGACACUCGAAGAUUCCAUUGCCUAG